UUCACUGUCCCCUAGGAAUCCAUUAUAUAUAGAGCAUAAAAACUAAGGUGCUGUAGUAGAGAGAGUUGGAUCAAGUCAUCAAAGUGAAUGGAGAGCAAGAUUUCAAUAGAGGUGCUAGUGGUGUUGCUCUUUCUCUUCACGGGACAAAAUGUCAGCGGGCGGAAGGAUCUGAAACAGCCAGUUUCUGCUGCAACACAAAUCAAAUGCCUACUGGUGUUUGGGGACUCUACUGUAGAUCCCGGCAACAACAACAAACUUAAUACUACUUUGAAGGCCAAUUUUAAGCCUUAUGGGAUUCAUUUCCUUAGAAGCCGCCCAACUGGGAGGCACUCUGAUGGCCUGCUUUCUCCUGACAUUAUUGCUGAUUUCCUUGGGAUUGCAAAGUUCAUCCCAGCUUACUUGGACCCUGAUCUCACCGUCAAACAACUAAGACGUGGAGUCAGCUUUGCUUCGGCUGGUGCUGGUCUCGACAUACUUACCGAUGCAGCACUUAAUGUGCUUACAUUCCCUAAGCAGAUUGAACUUUUUAAAGAGUACAAGUUGAGGCUACAAAGCAGUAUAGGCCAGCAUAAAACUGAGAGAACCAUAGCGCAUUCUCUUGUAAUAAUUAGCACCGGUACAAAUGACUUCAUUCAAAAUUACUUCACCACCACGACUCGAUCGAAGCAGUACACGGUAGAGCAGUAUGUUGAUUUCCUGAUAGCUCGGAUAUCGAAUCAUGUGGAAGAAAUACAUAAGAAUGGGCCGAGGGCAUUUUCUGUAAGCGAACUUGGGCCUAUUGGUUGUUUGCCCAUUAUUAGAAAGUUGAUUGGUGGAGGUUCUUGCUACGCCCCCAUUAAUGAUGCAGCUCUCUAUUUUAAUUCCAAGCUCGUGAUAGCUGUCUCCGAAUUGAAGCUAAAAUUGGGUAUAAAUAUAAGUAUCAGUGCUUCGUAUAAAAUCCUCUAUGAUGCAAUCACCAGCCCUGCAAAAUAUGGAUUUACCGAUGGUGAGAAGGGCUGUUGUGGCACCGGGUUUUUCGAAUACGGGGAAACAUGCAAAGGUCAGAAAUUAUGUAGCAACAUUUUGUCGCAUGUAUUUUUUGAUGCAGUUCAUCCAUCUCAAAAAAUGUACCAGCUCAUCCUACUCAACAGUACUUUCUCCAAAAUCGGGAACGGAUGGCCUGACCAUAAUUGAUUUGAAAAGGGAGGAAGGACUUCACUGCUGGUUGCAGACAAUGUAUGCAAUAUUUCUUCCUGCUUGUAUCUUGGUAAAUGAAUAUUGGGACAGAACUUGAAUAAGAGCUAGUGUUAUAUUGAAAAAUAAAUAAAAAUUAUAAAGAUUAUUUAGGCAGCCUCUUUGUUCACUAUUUUUUACUUGAUAAUGCUUUAUUCUAAUGUUUAGU